CCGCAGGAGGGGCGGAGGAGGAGGAGGAGGAGGAGGGAGAAGAUGGCGGACGAUCCCAGCGCUGCCGACAGGAACGUGGAGAUCUGGAAGAUCAAGAAGCUCAUCAAGAGCCUCGAGGCGGCGCGCGGCAAUGGCACCAGCAUGAUAUCACUGAUCAUUCCCCCCAAAGACCAGAUUUCACGAGUGGCAAAAAUGUUAGCGGAUGAGUUCGGUACUGCAUCCAACAUCAAGUCUCGAGUGAAUCGCCUUUCAGUCCUUGGCGCCAUUACAUCUGUACAGCAACGGCUAAAACUUUAUAACAAAGUACCUCCGAAUGGUCUGGUUGUUUACUGUGGAACAAUUGUGACAGAAGAAGGAAAAGAGAAGAAAGUGAACAUUGACUUUGAACCUUUCAAACCAAUAAAUACAUCCUUGUAUUUGUGCGAUAAUAAAUUCCAUACAGAGGCCCUCACAGCGCUACUGUCAGAUGACAGCAAGUUCGGCUUCAUCGUAAUAGAUGGUAGUGGCGCGCUCUUUGGCACUCUUCAAGGAAACACCCGAGAAGUCCUGCACAAAUUCACAGUGGAUCUUCCAAAGAAGCAUGGAAGAGGAGGUCAGUCCGCCUUGCGUUUCGCUCGCUUGAGAAUGGAGAAGCGGCACAACUACGUAAGGAAAGUGGCGGAGACGGCCGUACAGCUGUUCAUUUCCGGCGAUAAAGUGAACGUGGCUGGCCUCGUGUUAGCUGGAUCGGCCGACUUUAAAACUGAACUGAGUCAGUCAGACAUGUUUGAUCAGCGAUUGCAGUCCAAAGUACUAAAACUAGUUGACAUCUCAUACGGUGGCGAAAAUGGAUUCAAUCAAGCCAUUGAAUUGUCCACUGAGGUCCUGUCUAAUGUGAAAUUCAUUCAAGAAAAGAAACUAAUAGGCCGGUAUUUUGAUGAAAUCAGCCAGGACACGGGGAAGUACUGUUUUGGUGUUGAAGACACUCUAAAAGCCUUAGAAAUGGGAGCAGUAGAGAUCCUGAUAGUUUAUGAAAACCUGGAUAUAAUGAGAUAUGUUCUCCAUUGCCAAGGCACAGAAGAGGAGAAGAUACUCUACUUGACACCAGAACAAGAGAAAGAUAAAUCCCACUUCACAGAUAAAGAGACCGGACAAGAACACGAGCUGAUAGAAAGCAUGCCCCUCCUUGAGUGGUUUGCAAACAACUACAAGAAAUUUGGAGCCACGUUAGAAAUUGUGACGGACAAGUCACAGGAAGGAUCCCAGUUUGUGAAAGGAUUUGGUGGAAUUGGAGGUAUCUUGCGGUACCGAGUGGACUUCCAGGGCAUGGAAUACCAAGGAGGAGACGACGAAUUUUUUGACCUCGAUGACUACUAGGUAGUCGACCUGGGUCUGGCAAAACGUGCCUCACCCCUCCAGCAUCCAACCCAAGGAGCAAACUCGCGAUGGAAAACAAAACAGAUCCCUGCCUUAGAAUUGGAGUAUUUCCAGAACUUUAUCCAGAAACACCGGGUUGAAAACGAAACGAAACCCUACUGAUUUGUCAUAGUGUCAGUACAGCAGCAAUCUACUAAGUUUCUAUAAUGCCAUUUUGGACUAAUUUAAAACAAAGAAUCCCAAUUUUUACUUUUACUUAAUGGUGAAAUUGGUUGCUCUUGUAUUUUAUGAAAAUGAUUUUUUUAACCUUCAUGCUACAUUAACUGCUGUAAACCAUUUUUUUGGGGGGGGGAAGAUUAAUAGAAAGAUUAUACUGGUUUGUUUCUUAUUUUGAUUGGAGACAAUUUAUUGCUGCGUUUUGCAGUGACACGACCCAUUUCCAUGGCGUUCUUGGCUUAGACUGCAGCAGAAGAAUCCUGGGGAGAGAGAGAGAGAUUGUUCCCGUUGUUCUCGCUCUGUGAUGGUGGAGGGUCUGAGGAGUUGAACACAGUGGCGUGCCAGCUUGACAGGUGUGACUUGCAAAGUCAGACGAUCGGGGAAGUCCGCCCAUU